ACAGCAACAACAACAACAACAACAACAGCAACAGCAACAACAACAACAACAACAACAGCAACAGCAGCAGCAGGAGUCGUUCUCCAGAAGCAGCCAGACCCCAAAGCAUCCUGGGAUGUUGGAGGAGAGCUUCCUGUCGGCUCAGACUGCAGGUCAGGACACCUUCCAUCAGGGUCACAUGGCAGUGAGCUCCUCGCAGGCGGACAAGACCACCCAUGAGCUGGCAGCGCUGGCGGCGGCCUCUUUGGACGGACCAAUGAGCAUGCUGCCUCAGCUGGGGGACUCUGAGGAGAAGUUGCGGCAGCGUCAGCGUCUGCGGCAGCUCAUCCUGAGGCAGCAGCAGCAGAAGAGUGCUCUGCGGCAGGAGAAAGGCCUGCAGGAGGCCGCCCCCGGACCCCCAUCUGCCGCUCCUCGCCUCUGGCCCCAGGUCGACCCGUCUGCCGCUCCUCCAGCGGACCCCUUCGGACGCCCCCCGCCCCCCUACCCCGGUACAGUGAGGCCCAGUAGGACGGCGUUCCCCGGAGGUUUCCCAGCGGAGCAGCAGGGGAGCUCGGCCCCCAGCGAGCCUCCUCUCCUCAGGCAGAGUGUCCCCAGAGAGCUGGGAGUCCGAGGAGCAGCGCUGAGGUUUGGUGUUCCUCCAGGAGCUCCAGCUGGUCUCCAGGACUCUUUCUUGCGUCCUUCUCAGGGAGUGGCGCCUGGUUCAGGACUCAGCUUGGUGGAAGGAGUCCAGAUGAGAAGGCCAAUGCCUGGAGAGUUCACAGGCAUCCGACCUCUCCCUGCUGCAGGCGCCCAUCCGCACAUGAUGCCAGGUCAACCAGCCCUUACUAUGAGCUUUAUCAAAGAGGAGC